AUGUCCCCCCCGCCACCAGACCUCCCCUACAAACCCUACGUCCCCCGCCGCCAGCGCUCCCUGCGCCCAGACAGGCCUCUCCCACCUCCACCACCAGACGAGCCAGAGGGAGACGCAGAGCAAGGCUUCGAAGACGUCUACCGCUCCCCGCCCUCGCCUCCCCAGCGUGUUUCUUCCCUCAGGCUGCAAGACAAGGAACUCCCGCCACCCCCCAGUACCGCCCCGUUGCAGAGCCCGUCAUAUCAGUCGCCACGUGCGACGUCAUCCCCGCCCAACUCUGCCCCAGCCCAGACAUCAGACGCCCACCUGCACCCCUACCACUCCACCCUACCCACAGCCCUCGACCCACCGACAACGCUCACCCCGCUCCGGGCGCACUAUCUCAAAAAGACGCUCGUCGCGCUCCAGGUCACCCAUGAACUCGGGCUCAUCACUGAUCCUGUCUUGGGCGCAAACGCGCUUGGCCUGCUUGGCGACCCGUUCGUGUUGGAUGAACGAUCAAGGAGGGAGGCUCUCCAGCGUACGAGUGAGGUAGAGAGGGCAGAGGGGCAGGUGGGGGAUCUACCGUUCUUGAGGUUCAUGUUCCAUCAGUUCCUCCUGCCCUUCCCCUUUCUCGCUUCCGCGCCUCUCACCUUCUGGUCCGCCAAAGUGCAGCCAUUCUUGUCCUCUUUCCUGACGACGACGGGUAUAUCCCAGCAAGCUGCUCAGUCGGAGGAAGACAGGCAGGUCUCGGAAAGUCUGAUGAGCAAGGAAGAGCUCAAGGAGGCGCAGGAGAGGAAGAAGCUAUGGAUCAAGGUGGAAAAGCAGCUCGCCAUGAUGUUUGGUCUGGGUAUCAAGGUUCAGGGUGGCGAAGAAGUUGUGCGGAUAGGGCAAGCCGAGCUGAGGCGUCUCGAGGCUUUACAAGAAGAGAGAAAGCAGAAAUGGAUGGCGAAACAUGGUGGACAUUUGCCGGGAGAGCUGCAAAACACCGACUUCGAGGUGAACGUCAUUGGCGUGAGGGUCGUUGUGGAGAAGGGCAGAGUCAGAAACAGGAGUCACGAAGAGUUCAUCAUCCGGACUUCAAGAGCGGGUGUGCCGGACGUCUUUGUGUCUAGGCGAUAUGGUGAUUUCCGAAGGCUCGCUGAAGAGGCAAGUACACUGAGGCUGGCCUUCCCCGACUCUCUCAUCGCAUUCCCGCCCGCCAAAGACAAGUCUACAUCGACCGCGCCUACCGCUGCCGCCAACAGCUACAACUAUGGCACCUACAAUCCCCUCCGGGCAAUCUAUGGUUCUGGCCCUGCCGCCCAGGGGUCCAGUUCUUCGCUCCAAGACCAGGAUCCAGUAUCUCCCACGUCGGCCCCUGCAGGGUCUCCACUAUCAAGAGAAAAGAACCGUCUCACCCUCCGCGCAUAUCUCAACACACUCUUCUCUCUACCCUUCAUCAUCGAAUCCCCCAUCCUCCGAUCAUUCCUUCUUUCCGGCCCCACGACGCUCACGCCUCCAGAGGCGGUGGAUUGUCAGCGGAGAUUGGAGGCUGAUGCUGUUCGUGAAGAAGGCAGGCGGAGGUUCAAAAUGGAAGCGGAAAAGAGGAUUGAAGCUCUUCGCGAGGGGUUGGCUCAGUUCAAGGGUGAUGUGCUGAGUAAAGAGGGGGGACUCAAAAAUGUGUUUGAAGUUGUCAAGAGAGUGGAGAAGGUGGAGAAUCUGCCACCGGCAGAGGCCAGUGUGCUAGAAUGGGGCAGGAUCUCCCUCGCUGCCACGAUCUUUCAACUGUUCGUGGCGUCCGAUACGGCUUCAGAGACUCUUGCCUCCAUGAAACGGCUCCACGGUCUCAUGCCAUACUUUGUCCUAAAAGGCAUCCUCAAAAUAUCAAACCCCAUGGCCAUGAUCCGCGGCGUCCUCGACCUCUUCCUCGCCCGUCCAUUCGGCGGUCAAUCUCUCAUCCAACGGAUGUUCUCAAGCAGUCUCACCGAGGACGUGCGGAUGCUCGAAGAAGACAUUGAGGUAGUCCAGGACAAGAUCGAUGACCCCGUGCUCUGCCAGAAGAUUGAGCAGUAUGCCAAGGCGCCGUUUGAAGUACAAGAGUCGUACAGGCGGGAUGCCGCCUCGGAAGGGGUAGAGCUGCUGGUCACCAUCCUUCGGUCUCCCGAGGUUCCGUCUUUAUCCCGACCGCAGUUUCAGAGGGUUGCGAGGGCUGUGCGGGCGUACAAAGAGUAUAGGUCGUCGCAGGCCGAGUUGUCGGAUUCUGAUGAUGAUGAGGGACCUGAGAAUGAGGAUGCGUGGUUAUGCGAGGAUCUUAACAUCUUGUUGAAGCUGUGGCUGAGGAAGAGGGAGAAGGAAGGGCUCUUGGCGCUGAUAUUUGAAGGCGUGACUGCCGAAUUGUUGAAGGACAUCAUCACCAUCUUCUACACCCCGCUCGCUCAAGUCUACAAGGCCGCCAGCAUUGCUGAUUCUCUCGGCGACUUGCAAGCCUUCAUCAAUGACAUGAUCCGUACUAUCGAGCAGGUCGAAGAGCUCUCGCAAGAGGAUCCUGGGAGAACCGUCCAGACCUUUAUCGAUCUUGUUCAACGCCACGAACAAUCCUUCUACUCUUUCGUGCACAAGGUCCACUCCAAGGGCCACGGUCUCUUUGACUCCCUCAUGGCCUGGCUUGAACUCUUCUUGAAUUACGCCCGAAGCGGGCUUCCUGGAGAGCCCAUCGACCUCGAUUUCAUCCUUCCCGCCUCGGAGGAAGAACGAAAGCGGGUGAUGAGAGAGGUCGACCAGGUGGCGACGUACCACUACAAGCUCAAGGUUGCUCACGAAGAAAAGGUCAGGAGGCGGUUCAAGACUGCCGAUGAGGGCUCUGGCGCCCUCGGCGAGGGGAUUGAUGACGAGGCUGAGCUUCUCGGCUCGAUCAUGACGAGCUUGAACAUUGAUCAGACGGCGAUAGGCGAAGCGGAUGAUGUGGCGGACGAAGAGUCGGAAGAAGAUGAUGAGGAUGAGCGCGAAUUGGCAGACCUGGAUGAAGAGCAAGAAGAUAGGAGCAACACGUCUCCUUUGACAUCCGCUCGUCGCGGGUCGGAUGAUUCCAACAGCACCCUCUCUCCUCUGGCCAAUCCUUCUGGCAGACGUGGCUCGCACUCGUCGAAUCACGGCCUACACAAGGUCCGAUCGGCUCUGCAUAGAAACAAGAAGGACAAGGAUCACGCGCAGCCUUCACCUAGUCUUUCAGACAGGUCGAGCGGGCGUAGACGUGGUGGUGGGAGUAGAAAGAAGAAGACGAGGGCGGGGGAGACUGUGGAGGUGUUGUCUGCGCCCAGGACUGAUGAGAUUGAAGCGUUGCGACCGUUGUUUGUGGAAAUGCUUCGUCCCAACCUGAGGCCCAAGCCUCUCAAGUAG